CGGAGAAUGGGAGGAGCUAUAAGCGCUUCCGGCUUGGGCUCUGCAAAUUUCUGACUGGGGUCGUUCCGUGGUGGGGGAUCCGCGUGCGUUGGCCGGGAAGGAAGGAAGCGUGUCCAGCGGCGAUCACGGAUCCUUUCCUGCCCGCAUCUCUAGGGGACCGGAGGCGAGGCGAGAAAGAGAGCCGCCUCAUUCUUAUUGAGAGCCAGGAUUUGGUAUCAUUUGAGGAUGUAGCUGUGUUUUUCUCCGUGGAGGAGUGGGCUCUGCUGGAUUCUGAGCAAAAAGCCCUGUACCAAGAGGUCAUGCUGGAAAACAAGAGGAACGUGGCCUCAUUAGGUGACAGAUGGGAGAUGGAGGUUUCUGGCCAAGAGGCAGCAGCACCUUUGCCAAAAGACAAAAAGGAAGUUGCAGAAAAGAUGUAUGGAAAGCAAAGUUUGAAGCAAAACCAGCUAACAGGGGAGUUGGAGAAUUGCUCUGGUUUACCUUGUCCAGAUACCAAUGUCUUAUUGGACACCGAUGAUUGCCAUGAAAAACAAGUGUGUUCAAGGUGUGGAAAAAGACUCUGUGAUGAAUCUGGAUUAUGUGACUGUGGUGAAAGCCCUGCUGGAGAGAAACAAGAUGAAAGCAGGCAACACCCCAGAAGGAGCCUUCCUCCUCCUUUACAUGAAAGAAUAGAAGGAGGGAAACCAUACAAAUGUACAGAGUGUGCAGAAAGCUUCAGUACAAGCCGCUCUCUUGCUUCACAUAAAAAGAUUCACAAAGCAGGGGAGCCACACAAAUGUCUAGAUUGUGGAAGGACCUUCAGACAGAAAAAGCACCUUAAUUCACACAGGAGGGUCCACAAAGAGAAGCAGCAGCAUCAAUGCAUCCCCUGUGGAAAGUCCUUUGGAAGCAGCACCUCCCUUACUUCCCACCAAAGCGUCCACAUAGAGAAGUUGCAUCAACACAGGGAGGGUAGAAUGAGGUUUACUCAGAGCAAGGAACCGAAUUCCUGGAAAAAAAUCCCCACUGGGAAGAAAUCAUAUAAAUGCCUAGAAUGUGGGAAGAACUUCCGCUCUGCAAGUGACCUCACUUGCCAUAAUAGGAUCCAUACAGGGGAAAGGCCGUAUCAUUGCACGGUGUGUGGAAAGAGCUUUGCAAAAAAAAGCAAUUUCAAUUUACAUAAGAGGAUCCACACAGGAGAGAAGCCGUAUAAAUGCACAGAGUGUGGAAAAUGCUUCAGUGCCCGAUGUAAUCUUACUUCCCAUAAGAGGAUCCAUACAGGGGAGAAACCCUAUGAAUGCCUGGAAUGUGGAAAAAGCUUUAGCCAACGCUGCACUCUAACCUUACAUAAUAGAAUGCAUAAAGGGGAGAAACCUUAUCAAUGCCUGAACUGUGGAAAAAGGUUCAGUCAAAAAGUUAAUCUUAAGUCACACGAGAUGAUCCACACGGGAGAAAAACCGUAUCAAUGCACCAAUUGUGGGAAGAGCUUCAGUAAUCCAUAUAAUCUUACUGUCCAUAAAAGGUCCCACACAGGUGAAAAGCCUUAUAAGUGCCCUGAAUGUGACAAAUGCUUCACUGAUUCGGGGAAUCUCUCUCGUCACAAAAGGCUCCACACUGGAGAGAAACCAUAUGAAUGUCACACAUGUGGAAAGAGCUUCAGUGCAAAAAAUGUCUAUGUCAUACAUAGCAGGACCCACACUGGAGAGAAACCUUAUCAGUGCCAGGAGUGUGGAAAACUCUUCAGUCAUUCUGGAGCACUGACGAUCCAUAAAAGGAUUCACACAGGGGAGAAACCCUAUAAGUGCCAGGAGUGUGGCAUGAGUUUCAGUAGAAGUGGUGUCCUUGAUAUCCACAAGAGGAUUCACACAGGGGAGAAACCAUAUACAUGUCAUGAGUGCAGAAAAAGCUUUAAUCAAAAUAAGUCACUCAUUUUCCAUAGAAGGCUUCACUCAGGGGAGAAACCCUAUAAAUGCCUGGAGUGUGGAAAAUGUUUUCGUGUGAGUGGCCAGCUUACCUCCCACAAUAGGAUCCACACAGGGGAGAAACCCUAUAAAUGCUUAGAGUGUGGAAAAUGUUAUAAUGAUAGUGCCAGUCUUACCUACCACAAUAGGAUCCACACUGGGGAGAAACCGUAUCAAUGCACCGAGUGUGGGAAGCGUUUCAGUCAAGCAAGUUAUCUUACUAUCCAUAAAAGGACCCACACAGGUGAAAAGCCUUACAAAUGUCCUGAAUGUGACAAACACUUCACUAAUUUAGCGUCUCUCUCUCGUCACAAGAGGAUCCACACUGGGGAGAAACCCUAUAAGUGCCAGGAGUGUGGCAUGAGUUUCAGUAGAAGUAGUGUCCUUGGUAACCAUAAGAGGAUUCACACAGGGGAGAAACCCUAUAAGUGCAUGGAGUGUGGCAUGAAUUUCAGGACAAGUUAUUACCUUGGUAUCCACAGGAGGAUCCACACAGGGGAGGAACUGUAUACAUGUCACGAGUGCGGAAAAAGCUUUAAACAUAAUGAUUCACUCAGGAUCCAUAGAAGGCUUCACUCAGGGGAGAAACCCUAUAAAUGCCUG